AUGAGUGAAACCACGUCCCAAGUACCAACAAGUGCUGGCGGUUCUAGUGACGAAAUAACUUCUCAGACAAGCGGCGGAGAAUCUAGCGAAGAAACUACGAUACCAGGACCAACAAGCGUGGAAGCAUCAAGCGAAGAAAUAACAUCCCAAACACCAGUAAGCAGCGUUGAAGAUUCCAGUGGAGAAACCACGUCCCAAGCACCAACAAACACUGUAGACUCUAGUGAAGAAGUAACUUCUCAGACACAAACAAGCAGCGGAGAAUCUAGCGAAGAAACGACGGUGCCAGCACCAACAAGCGUCGAAACAUCUAGCGAAGAAAUAACAUCCCAAACAACUGUUAGCAGUGUUGAAGAAUCCAACAGUGAGGAUUCAGCUGAAGUAACUAUUCAACAUACGACCAUUGUUACUAAAACGACAACAACAACUUUACCAACGACUACGUCGACAACAACUAUAACCCAGCCAACGCCUACAACAACGACAACCCAGCCAACGACCACAAUAACAACAACACAACCAACAACCACAAUAACAACAACACAACCAACGACUGUCGCAACGACCAUUACAACGACAACAACGACUGCAACAACUACUACCGAACCAAUAACUACAACAACCACAACUGAGCCAACGACCACAACAACCACAACUGAGCCAACCACUACUACAACGACAACCGAGCCAACAACUACAACAACGACAACCGAGCCAACGACUACAACAACCACAACUGAGCCAACGACUACUUCAACGACAACCGAGCCAACAACUACUACAACGACAACCGAGCCAACAACUACUACAACGACAACCGAGCCAACAACUACAACAACGACAACCGAGCCAACAACUACUACAACGACAACCGAGCCAACAACUACAACAACGACAACCGAGCCAACAACUACAACAACGACAACCGAGCCAACGACUACAACAACCACAACGACAACCGAGCCAACAACUACUACAACCACAACCGAGCCAACAACUACUACAACCACAACCGAGCCAACAACUACUACAACGACAACCGAGCCAACAACUACCACAACGACAACCGAGCCAACAACUACAACAACCACAACCGAGCGAACGACCACCACAACCGAAACCCCUUCGCCAGCAGGUAAACAAUUACUUUAA